AAACGCUAAAAACUUUUUCCCAUACAAUAACAUUACGGUAAAUAUACUUUUCCUUUAGUUAUUUUUUUCUUGGUAUGUAGAUCUGUCAAAGAUUAAUUGGCAAGAAAGAAAAAAGAAAAAGGAAAACACAAACUAACUUCCUUUUAUCACUCUCGCAAGCUCCUCUGUAAAGUAAUGGAUGUAAUUGGUAUCGCUGGUCGCUGGUGGUGGUGGUGUUCCCGGCAAUCCGCAAUUCUCUCCUCAUCUCUUGUCUCUUCUUCUACUUAAUUUAUUAGAAUUAUAAAUACACUUACUUCUAGUAAGUAAAUAAAUUCCUUGAGAAGACAAACCAAAUGCUGGAGAGAGAGACAGAUUAUUAUUAUUAUUAAAUCUAAAUCUAAAAAAUGUCUGGGGUGUGGCGGAGAUGGAGGAAGCUGGUAACGAUGGAGCAGUCCUUGAGGAAUUUGAGUUACUUGGGUUGGCGUUGCCAUUGGAGGAGGGAUUCAGAAGGAAUAGGAAUUGGAAUGCAAGAGCGGUACUCAAGUGGGGCAGGAGGAGGAGGCGACAAUCACAAAAUUAAAAACAAAAAUGAUACUACUACUAACAAAAGCAAAAGAAAAAGCACUCCCACUCCCAUUCGAAAGCUCAGAGCGGAGAUCAAUUGCCCUCGCUGCUCCAACCACAAUUAUUUCAAUUUCAAUCUUCCUCAUCCUCAUGGUGAUGAUGAAUCAGAUUCAUCUGACAAUUCCAGCAGCAGCAAAUUUAUUCCCGUGAACUUCUGCCCCACUUGCAGAACCGCCUAUCACUUUCGCACCCACCGCAUAUACCCUCUUCAGGGCACCUUCCUGGAGAUUAAAUCCAAUUCCAAAACUGCUUCUCCUUCUCCUCCUCGCAACAGCCUUAGAGUAUCCUUUUGGGACAAUCUUAGAUCCGAGAAUUGGCAGCCAACGCCACCUCCACCUCCUCCUGGGAAUGGCCUCGCUGUGCAUACUCCGCCUGGCCCGCCCUUUGCACCCGGAGUUAAUGUCAUACGGGCUGCCAGGCCCAAGGAAGGCCAUACUCAUGGUAAUGGCACAUGGUUGGGCGGGGCCAAUUUGGGGAAGGAUUUGCCUACGCCCAGGGAGAUUUGCAAGGGCCUUGACAAGUUCGUUAUCGGCCAGCACAGGGCAAAGAAGGUGCUGUCGGUCGCCGUUUAUAACCACUACAAAAGAAUAUAUCAUGCCUCCUUGGAGAAGGGGUCAGGAGGAGCAAGUUUAGAAGCAAUUGAUGAUGUCGACAAUGUGGAGUUAGAGAAAAGCAAUGUGCUCUUGGUCGGACCAACUGGCUCUGGAAAGACUUUAUUGGCAAAAACUCUGGCUCGCUUUGUCAAUGUUCCUUUUGUCAUUGCUGAUGCAACAACUUUGACGCAGGCUGGUUAUGUUGGUGAGGAUGUUGAAUCGAUAUUGUACAAACUUCUCACGGUCGCCGAGUUCAAUGUACAGUCUGCUCAACAAGGAAUGGUUUACAUUGAUGAAGUUGACAAGAUAACUAAGAAGGCUGAGAGCUUAAACAUUAGCAGAGAUGUUUCAGGGGAGGGUGUUCAGCAAGCAUUGUUGAAAAUGUUGGAAGGAACUAUUGUAAAUGUUCCUGAAAAGGGAGCAAGAAAGCAUCCUCGGGGUGACAAUAUACAGAUAGAUACAAAAGACAUCCUUUUCAUUUGUGGUGGAGCAUUUGUUGAUCUUGACAAAACAAUUUCAGAGAGACGACAAGAUUCUUCAAUUGGUUUUGGAGCUCCUGUUCGUGCUAAUAUGAGGGCCACAGGUGUAACCAAUGCUGCUGUGGCAUCGUCUUUGCUUGAAUCGGUUGAGAGUUCAGAUCUUAUUGCAUAUGGCCUCAUACCAGAGUUUAUAGGACGCUUUCCAAUAUUAGUUAGCUUGUCAGCUUUAACUGAGGAUCAACUUGUGAAGGUGCUCACAGAACCAAAAAAUGCUCUUGGAAAACAGUACAAGAAGUUAUUUAGCAUGAACAAUGUGAAGCUACAUUUUACAUCUAAAGCAUUGAGACUAAUUGCUAAAAAGGCAAUGGCUAAGAAUACUGGUGCCAGGGGUUUAAGAGCUAUACUGGAAAGCAUUCUUACUGAAGCCAUGUAUGAGAUUCCAGAUGCAAAGACUGGACACAGUAGAGUAGAUGCUGUUGUGGUUGAUGAGGAGUCAGUGGGUUCAACAAAUAUCCCUGGAUGUGGAGCAAAGAUUCUUCAUGGAGAUGGUGCUUUGGAGCAUUACUUUGCGAAAGCCCAGUUGAAGGAUUCCGUGGAAAACUUUCCAUCAGUAGAAGUAAAGCUGCAAGAAGGUGAAUCGGAGGUUUCAUCAAGAGCGAUGAGCUUAUAGCAUUUUUCCCACAACUAUUGCUGUGAUGUGCUAAAAUAUGUGUUAUUUGUAAAAACAGCAUUCAUUGAUAGGUGCAUUUAUCUUCUUGCAUAACGACAUAGCUUUUGGUUCCAUAGUUGAACGGACAAAUAGAAGAAAAUGAAAAUGAGAAUAAAAACGUACCAUUUUACAAAAAAAAAGUAGCAUCUUGUGUAAAAUUUUUAAUCCAUUAGAGGAAGAGGUGUUAAGUGAUCAUGGAAUCUAUACCAAUUCCCUGCCUGUAGUACGAUCAAGUUUACAUUGUAAGUUAUUGUAACAUUUCCUUCAUUGAAUAUCAUGUGUAUGUUAAAGUGGAGCUACUAUGAUAUAUCAUGUGGUUUAUCAACAUUCAAUGUUGUUUAUGUGAAAAUU